UCCGUGUUGACGGAAGUGCUUUGGGAAUGGCGAGAAACGAGGAGAAGCAGCUCGGAAAACUCAAUCGCCUCUGGCUCCAGAAAGAGAGAGAGGAGGGUCGCAUUAAAGAUGUUCACGUGUCAAGGCCAAAGCUUGGGACGUUAAACUCAGCGGCAGCGGUGAAGAAGUGGAUGCCGAGCAUCAAGAAGGAGAUCGAGUACUAUCUGCAGCAGUCGCAGUUAUCUCACUACCCUGAGAGGAAGAUAGACGAGUUCCGCCGGCAUAUUGAGGAUCUGGAGACUGAAUACAAACGCUUCCUCAAGAAACUACGCUCCCUGGACCCUACCUGCAAACACAAGCCUUGGGAGCCUCGAGCAUAUGCCAAGAGGAGGCAGGAUCCAGUCAGCAAUCAAAACACCUCUAAAAAACUGUGCCUCCACGGCCCAAGCAGUCCUUGCAGAGAGGAAGAGGAUGUUAAUGAGGACAUAGACCCAGAGAAAGCAGGAAACCACAUACCUCAGACUGUUAUAAUACAAGAACUACACGCCCAGUCAGCUCCCGCUACCGCCCAAGCCCCCGAGCCCCCAGACCAGGACCUCCCGCUGCGCUUCGAUCAGUCCCGACUCGCCGUGGCGGUGGCCAGUUCCCGCGUGGCUCUCGCCGGGCAGCAACAAGACACAGGUACACUGACACGAGUGCUGCUCACCGGCCUGCCCAACCUCCACAGCCUCCCGCUGGCACAGACGCUUCAGCCUCCCGGGGCCGAAACAGCCCAGAGUAAAUCUGAACAUUUACUGGGACUCGGCUGCUACUCCUCGUCCUCAGAGGAGGAGAUGUAGUUUAGUUGAAUGCACGGCGCUGCACAUUUAAAGGGACAGUUCGCUCGUAAACACAACCGUCAUCAUUUACUUAACCUCAUGUCAACCCAGACUUUGAAUAAUCUUCGGAAACACAAAUUAAGAUAUUUUGAAUGAAAUCUGAAUGGUUUAUGUCCCUCCAAUGAAAGUCCAGGUAACCAGCUUGAAUAUAAGUCUUUUUAUUGAUGAACAGAUUUAAUUUGCACACACAAGAACCAGUGAGGUUUGUUUUUAUCAUGUGACACAAAAUCUGUGAUUGUCAUAUGGGAUUUGCUGCAUGUGUUAUAUAUCUAAUAAAAAGCCUAUAUUGCAAAUAAAACAAAUAAAGAGUCCCUUCAAACAGCUUGGAUUAAACCGCUCAGUUGAUAUGGGUUCCUUUGGUUACCUGGUCUUUCAACAUGGAGACUGAAACCUCUUAUUAGGUUUCAUUCAAAACAUCUGUGUGUCCUGUAGAUGGGUAACUGAUGACAGAAUUGUCAUUUUUGGGUGAACUAUCCCUUUAAUAUUUAACAUUUGAUAUUCAAACUAUAUCUGAUGCACGAAAGUGAAACUUGAAAGUAAAACAUGUUCGAGUGAAACCUGAAAGCUGUAAAUCACCUGUGUUUGUGUGUUUAUAAUAUUUGUCUUAACCCAGUUUAGUCUAGGCUAUGAAUGCGUUAAGCAGUGCUAAGAAGAGAGCGGAAAUGGUUAGUUGUGGUUAGACUAGAAUUCUCAAUGGGAUAUAAGCGAUAACUUGUCAAAAACAAAAUAUGAAGUGUUUACUUUUAUGUAUGUUUAUCUGAAGGGCUCAUCUUCGGAAUCUUUAAAGUUUCAAUUUCAACCACAUAGGUUUUUACAGGUUUGAUGCUGCAAACAUUCUGUUUACGUGAUAUUCACUUGUACUUGACAAAAUAAGUCAUGGACCGGCGCUUUAAGAAAUAAAGAAAACGAAACACUCAA